AUGACACAGUGGCGCCAAGACGUGUCCAAUACGAAGACGCUGCUAAAAAUCCAAACCGGACACUCGGACAACAUAACUAGGUGUCCCUUUUGCCACUACGAUGAAACAAGUGGCGACGACGGUAGUGGCAACGAUGAAAGUCGUGGUUGCAGUGGCGUCGUCGACGGCUGCUCUCGUGUAAUCGUGGAACGGCCAAGGGCAAGCAGUAGGUUCGGUUUCGGAGAGGCGGCGAGGCCGUGGUGA